AUGCUCAGAUACCAUAUGCAGGGGUUUAGUGGGUAUAGUAUUCAAUAUUCGCCUUUCUUUGAUAAUAAGCUUGCAGUAGCUACUGGUUCAAACUUCGGCUUGGUUGGGAACGGCAAAUUGUACAUACUGGAGAUUAGCCGUAGUGGUAGAAUCGAAGAAAAGAACUCCUUUUUGACUCAAGAUUGUUUGUUUGAUGUUGCAUGGAACGAAAGUCAUGAAAAUCAAGUAUUGGUAGCACAAGGAGAUGGCACAUUACGUUUGUUUGAUACGUCUUUAAAAGAAUAUCCUAUUGCCAUAUUCAAGGAGCAUGAAAGAGAAGUUUUUAGUUGCAAUUGGAACUUAGUUAACAGACAAAAUUUUUUAAGCAGCUCAUGGGAUGGAUCCAUAAAAAUAUGGUCUCCGCUAAGAAAACAAAGUCUAAUGAGCCUUACUCCACGGCCUUUAGAAAUAACUAAGAUGGUGGAUCCACUAAAUGCAAUUUUGUUAAAUAAGAAAAAAUUCGCCGGCAUUUCCAAGAAUAGAAACUGUGUGUACCAAGCACAAUUCUCCCCUCAUGACCAAAAUUUGAUUAUAUCUUGUUCAGGGAAUUCGUACGCAAGUUUAUUUGAUAUCAGGUUACCGCCCAGUAAAAGUCAGAGUAAUUUUUUGGUGCAUUCAGGAUUGGAAGCGCUCACUUGUGAUUUUAAUAAAUACAGACCUUAUGUAGUUGCUACAGGUGGUGUAGACAACGCCAUUAGAAUCUGGGACAUUAGGAUGUUAAAUGCGAUUGGAUCAACUGCCAUCGAUAGGACUACGCACAACAAAUCUCAUAAUUCAGCAUGUAUUAACGAGAUCCCCAAUGCGCAUGAGCUAGCUGUUAGAAAAGUUGCUUGGUCACCACACCAUUCUAAUAUUUUAAUGUCUGCUUCUUAUGAUAUGACCUGUCGAAUAUGGAAAGAUUUGAGUAACGAUGGCACAAAAGAAACUUAUAAGACUAACUCCACGGGUGUGGGCAGAGGUUGUGUUUCUAAAUCCACGCAGCAUUCAGAAUUCGUUUUUGGAAUUGAUUGGAGCCUGUGGGGUAAGCCAGGAUAUGUAGCUUCAACUGCAUGGGAUGGUAACGUGUUUAUAUGGAACGGUUUGGGUUACUGA